UUUCCAGGAUUUUGAGCACAUUAAAAGAAAUGGGUGAGGAAGGAAAUCCACAAACUCCCAGAAGAACCACUAGAGCAUCAUUGUCUAGCACAUCGGAUCCGAAUAUUUCUACAGGGAGGUUAAAAUCGUGUAAUCAACAACCUUUGACAAUACAUGACCUUGCUUAUGGGGAUGAAUCAAUUAGUUUAGAUGACUUGAUUUCUAGUUUACCUGGUAGACGCUCGCAAAUAAUUGAAUUAUUACACCUUUUGGGCCCCUUGGAUUCUCCAAUGUUUCCUGUUUUCAUAUAUGGAGGUGCUUCCACCGGGAAAACAAGUACGAUUCUUCAGAUAUUCAAGCACCUAAAGCGUCCGUUUGUUUACUGCAGUUGUAUAACAUGUUAUAGCCCGAGGAUACUAUUUGAAUCUGUGUUGAACCAGUUAUUGCUUCAUAGGAAGAAUGAAAGCAAUCGUUAUUCAAGUACGAAACGCUGUGAAAGGCCUUCCGAUUUUGUAAAUCUUUUGCAGGAGGCUCUUCGUAGUGUGGUAGAUAGUUUAAAGGGGAACAUGGUGAAAUCAAGCUCGAAGAAGUCGGUGGGAGGGGCUAGAGGGAAAAUGGUUUACUUGGUUUUUGAUAACUUGGAGCUUGCUCGUGAAUGGGACAAGAGUUCCAAUAUAUUGCCUUUUCUCUUUAAGCUCUAUGAUAUUCUGAAAAUGCCAGAAGUGGGUUUGAUUUUUCUCAGUAAUGCCUCACCUGAUACGUAUUACUCAGACACUGGUUAUGUAGAACCCAUUCCUGUUUACUUUCCUGAUUACACUGAGGAUGAGCUUCGUCAAAUCUUGAUGAAAAACCAGGAAAACCCAAAGCUAUAUUCCUCAUUUCUCGAAGUGGUGCUGAGGCCAUUUUGUCGAGUUACUAGACGAGUUGAUGAGUUGUCAACAUCCUUCUCAUCAUUAUAUCAGAUAUAUUGUGAACCUCUGGAUGAUUUAGGCGUUGUUCCAAGUGAAGAUAUGAAAAGAAAACUAUUUUCUCAUCUUCAGCCACAUAUUGGACCAUCCCUGAAUGACACAUUCAAAGCUGAAAGCAGGCUUUCUUCUGAAGCCUCAGCUAAGACGAACAAAUGGAAAGGCAUUGCCAAGAAAAGUGGAGUUUUUGAAUCUUCCGAUGAGAUAGACUUUCAUAUGUCUGCUUGUGCCAAAUACCUUCUUAUUUGUGCUUUCAUUGCUUCAAGGAAUCCUGCUACCCUUGACGCACACUUGUUUGAUUCAACUGGAGGCUCCGUUAACCCAAAACGAAAGAGGAAGAGCUCGGUGAAGUCAGUUGAGAAAAAGGAAACUGCAGAACAAGAAUUGCUCUUGAAGGGACCAGGAACGUUUCCCUUGGAAAGAUUAUUAGCCAUAUUUCAGUGUGUCGUAUCUGUUUCAGAAUGCUUACCUGAUGAAGAAGCACAAGGAGAUGGUGGAUUGGAAGGAGAGAGUUGGACUAACGGACUGUUGUCUGAUGUUCUUUUGGAAUUAUCAAGUCUGUGUAAUGCUAAUUUUAUCAGUAAAGGUGGAAGUUGCCCCUUGGAAGGGGCUAAUCGGUACCGAUCUAUGGUGUCUGAAGCUAUGGCUCUUAAGGUUGCAAAGAGUCUAAAAGUUCCUCUGGCAAAGUAUUUAUAUAGAGGAUGAUAUAGAAGAUGUCCCUUCGCAUAACUUACAUGGAGCCACUCAUGUUAAUGUGAUUUUGCAUGUCAAGAAAGAGCAACAUGAUGCAGCAACAAUGUGAUGUCUAACCAACCCCGGUGGCAUGUUGAAUGUGCGAUUAAGAUUCUACUUAUAUGUAUCACUCAUUUUUGUAUACUCGGUGUUGAGAGGCUAAAUGUAAGUUGAUUGGGUGUACUCCAUGAAGAACAAUUAAACAGUAUCAUCUAUUGAAAUAAUCGACUAACAUGGAACAUAUGACGACACCCAAGUGAUUAGUAGUUAGUUGCUUUCUAGGAUUUUUCGUGUUCAAGAAUCUAGCUAGUUCAUUACAUGAUUCAAAUUCGAUUCCUCUUGAAAUCUUUUUAUGUUUUUGAACAUGAUCAGUGAUAUCUGCUGUAAUUGGUGCUAUAGAAUCAUGAAGCAUGUAUAUUUUGCCGGAA